CACUUACAUUUGCUCCAUGUCGUCUUGCAAGAUCGCAAGCCUACAACCCAUGCCGUACGAGAUCACCGACGAACGACCUCGAAGGGAAGACCUAAUCUGAGCACGAAACCAUGGGAUCAAAAGCCGGCCUGGCGCCCCUGGCAUCGCUACGAAUUUCCAAACACUUUAUCCAGUCACAUGGGCUAUUCCCCAACACAAGCAUCCAGAAUAAGCCUCUGGUGAUCUACCACUCCGCUUUCUCGUCAGCAAGCGCAUCUUCCAUCGAGUCCCACCUUAUCUUUGUCGGCGUCGUCGAGCCGCAGUGGCGGUAUACCAUGUACAGCACGAGUCACUUUCACAGUACGACACAUGAAGUCUUGUGCAUCAGUAACGGACGCGCAAAGCUUUGUUUCGGAGGCGAAGAUAACGAAGGCCGGGUCGAGCCUCUAGUUGAGAAGGGCGAUGUGAUCGUUGUGCCGGCCGGGGUUGCUCACCGUCUGCUGGAUGACUUUGAGAGCGGGUUCGAGAUGGUUGGGAGCUAUCCAAAAGGCCACCACUGGGAUAUGUGUUACGGUAAGAAGGGGGAAGAGGGAAAAGUCGAUGCUAUCGCCAAGAUACCGUGGUUUAGCAGAGAUCCAGUGUAUGGAAAUCGCGGACCGGCACUAGAGGUCUGAAUCCUGAUAUCUUGUGGUCAGGCUCGCGAACAUCAAUAAUUUUGUUCACACUUAAUCUUGGCAAGUCUUAGCAAGUGA